ACUCCAGCAGGGACGCGCAGGGAGCACACUGGAACUAACGACCAUUGGAAGAGGAAGAAGAUGUCAGUGGCAGCCAAGGAAGGAACAAGCGUAAAAGACAAGUGUAAGAAAUGCGCAGCGCCUUUCUGGAGGUUCGUUCCUCACCUGACGCUGUGCGGAACCCUGGUCGCGUACGCGGCGCUGGGCGCGCUGCUCUUCCAGCGGCUGGAGGGCGGCAGCGCCUCCGGCAGCAGGGACGGGUACCGGGACGAGUACCGGCGCUUCCUGGAGGAGAUGGUCCACAUCGCCCAGGACGACACCAGUAACAUGUCUAACAUAGUCACCCGUGUGGAGAUCAAGAUGAAGGACUUCAAGUCUAUCUGGUUCCAGAGCCACGAGAGAUGGACUUUUUUUGGCUCCAUGUUCUUUUGCUGCACUGUUUUCACAACAGUUGGAUAUGGAGAGAUCUAUCCAGUUACCCUGGCUGGUAAGGUGGCAUGUGUCUUUUAUGCCAUGUUGGGAAUUCCUCUCAUGCUUCUGGUCAUCCUUGAUGUGGGAGACUUUCUCGCUUUGGUGUUGUCCAAAGCCUAUGUUCGCAUCUACACCCUGUUUAAAGUUCUCCGCUCCCAUACCUGGUCACCACGGAGCGCGGGGGAGAUGGCAGUGGACUCUGGUCACCGGGUUCUAGAGGAUGGCACAUUCGUUCUUAGCCAUGAUGUUAUAAUCCGUGAACCCCUUGACAUCCGGCAGGUGCUGAGCACUCAGGCAGAUGUUCGGCACAAGUCCAUCCAUCUGCAAAACAACAAAGAAAUCUUUGAAAAAAUUAUUGCCAGGGAGAAUUUUCUGAGGAAGAGCCCAUUACUCAGGUCCCUCUCCUGCCCAGAGCUAGACCAGCUGCCACCACCACCCAAAGGAUAUGCCAUAUGGGACUUCUCAGGCUUAGGGGAUGGAAUGGAAAUGCUGGAUGUACCUUUUGUACUGAUUCUUUUCAUCGUUUUUGCCUACAUUUGCUUUGGUGGAUUAAUUUUGCCAAUGUGGGAAACAGAAUUUCAAGGAUUUGAUCCCUACUACUUUUGCUUCAUCACGCUCACCACUAUUGGUUUUGGUGACAUUAUACCCAGACACCCUAACUACUUUAUGCUUACCUCCCUCUUCAUCAUUGGUGGCAUGGCUAUCAUGUCCAUGGCUUUCAAGCUGAGCCAAACACGAAUUGUAAGCUGCUACCGCCAGUGCAUCAAGUUUAUCAGCAGGGGAAAUGUGGAGUUUUUCAACAAAACAGAGAAAAACUAAGUCAUCAGGAUAUUCUCUGCAUGAUUUACAAGAGGUGUACAGGAUGCUACUGAAGCUGUGGGAGCUUGGUCAGUGUGUUCUUUGAACCGCUUUCAUAUAAGCAUGAACAAAUUAAAAAUGAGUUUUACCCACUGACUGAAUGUCAUCAUUCAAACCAAUUCUUUCAAGAUUCAAAUUCAACUGUAACUUGCCGAAAAUAAAUGUAUUACUACAGUAAUGAAUUGAUGGACAUUUUUAAGUGACACAGUUUUAAUUGUUCAAAAGUGAGUAAGUAACUUCAUUGUGUGGGGACAGGGAAUUGACUGAUGACUUUGUAAUGAUUAUUACAGAACAC